AUGACAGCGCGCGCCGGGCGACGGGUUCGCGCGUUCGCGACGCUCCUGCUCGUCGCGGCGCUCGCGACGCUCGCGGCGAGUGAGGCGACCGCAUCGGAGGACCCCAAUGCCGCCUCCCACGCACCGUCAUCCUCCCAUCCCGCGUCCACCACGGGGGGUGCCGAGAAGCCCCACGAGCUGAGAGUGGGCGACGCCGCACCCCGCCGUAUCGCCGCCAACACGCGCAGGCCGGGGAUCCUGAAGCUCCACGGCUACCCACGGAUGCUUCAACACAAGAUGUUCCACCAUCUGACGCUGGAAAUCUACGACGACGGCGGCUUCGUCGCCAACUCGUGCGUCCUGCAUCGAGUCGUCAUGGACAAAGAAUCCGACGGGGAGGUGAGACGGACCAAGGUCAGGCAGCGCAAGGGCCCGGGUCACCCCGGUCUCGCGGCACUCGCCGGAGGAUCUCUCAACACCGCCGCAUCCAACGCGAGCGGCGGUCCGACCUUCGUCGCCACCUUCGGGCCCUUCGACCAGGGCGUCACGCUCACGCCCAGAUGCGAGCGGUGGCGGGGCGGCGCCGCGGAGCCGCUCUCGUACCGCGUUCGACUGGUCGCGUCCGACGGGCCGGACACGGGGAAGAUCGCGAAGCUGGUCGUCGGCGCCGCCCUCGUCACCCUCGCGCCCGCCGUGAGCGAGAUGACGCUGGCGUACUACGGCGUCGGCAUGGCCCUCUCGGUUCUCGCCGUCGCCAUCUUGAUAAUCUACCGCGUCGCCAGGUCGCUGCCCGGGGGACGCGCCAUGAAGGCGGGCGCCGGGGCGUCCGCCGCGCUCGCCGCGCUCGUGGUCCCGUCCGAACACCUCUCCGCGGUCGUCGAGGGGUACGUCCACCUCUGCCUGAAACCCGUGUCCCUCGUGGCGCGCGCGGUGUACGAGCAGAACCCGGACGAGGCUGGCUUGCCCUACGCGCUCGCCGCGACGAUCGUCAUGCUCGCGGGCGCCGGCAUCGGCCUGUGGGUGGUUCGCCGGUGGAUGAUCGACGAGGUCACCGGCGGCGUGGCGCCCUCCGUCGCGGGGUUCGCGUGCGUCGCCAUGCGCGUCGUCGGCGUGGUCUUGCUGCAGUUUUGUACCCUCGACCUUCUCAGCGGGUUCGCCCUCGUCGGAGCGAGCCUCGCGGUGACCGCGGCGGAUGUCGCCAGGUCGUGGCCGGGCUCGACGCGCCGAUCGUCGUCGUCGUCGUCGGGGCAAACCCGCGGCGCGUGGUCGCACGGGUCGGGGUCCGUCGCGUCGAGGCACAGGGGCGGCGCCGCGCGAAGGAUCCUGCGAAGGGCGGGGCGAUACUUCUCGGACGAGGAGGACGAGGAGGACGAGGAGGAGGUGGACGCGUACGAGGAGACGGACGACGACCUCACGCCGGGGAUGGGACACGAACGCGGGUCCCCCGGCCUCGGCGUGCGACGCCGCGCGGGGUCGGGGAGGAAAACACCGGGUAAUCGGACGCUCUCCGUGGACAACAGGGACGAACGGAUGGGGGAUCGCGCGGGGCGCAUCGUCUUUGGGACGGACGGGCCCGGGUCGUCGCGCGGCGGUUCGUUCCUCGGCGGAGUCUUCGGCGGCGGAUCCGGUGGUCAUUCUGGAAGCGCCCGGAAGCGGCGAUCGCUGCCGGAGUCGAUGGACCCGGAACCCAGGACCCCGCCCGCAACGAUCGUCGGCGCGGGGGGCGCGAUCGGCGGGGGCGGGCGCGGCGCGUCCGCCGUCGGUGGGCUCAUGGGUCUCUUCGGUGGAGGUACAAGGGCGGAGAAGCGGGGGACGGCGCCGCGGAGGAGUAAGCUCGGGGGCCGGUCCGUCUCAUCCACCGUCGCGGCGGCGUCCAACUCGCCGUUGCCCCCCGUCGGAAUGGCCGCCGCCUCGAGGGGAAGGUUCCUCACGGCCUCGGAGUUUAACGCGCAGAGCGCGCGGGCGACGGACGCGGGCCUCGACGAGCUCUGCGACACGCCCGAGUUUAAGCGGUGGAUGAGGGACAACGCGGGUAGGAUCAGGGUGACGUCAUCCGACUCCGACGACGACGCGUAG